AUGGAAUGCCAGGUGCUCUGGAACGGCCGCUCCCACCUAGAGGUCAGCGUUCCCGGCACCUACAAAGGCCGCACUUGUGGUCUUUGCGGCAACUUCAACAGCUACCCUCAGGACGACCUGCGGCUGCGGUCCGGCCAGCUCACGCUGUCUGAGGCUGCCUUUGGCAACAGCUGGAAGGUGGUCAGCGAGAACGCCACGGAGCACGGCGGCUGCGCCGACGGGCAGGACGUGGACCCCUGCAAAGAGACCGGCUACCGCUCCCGCAAAGAAGCCAACGCCCGUUGCAAGGCGCUGAAGUCGCCGCCCUUCGAGCGCUGCCACGCCGCCAUCCCUCCGGAGCCGUUCUUCGCCUCCUGCGUCUACGACCUGUGCGCCUGCGGGACUGCCGGUGGCGACGAUUGCCUCUGUGAAGCCUUGGAAGCCUAUGCUGCUCAGUGCCGCCGUGCCGGGCUGGUGCUGCAGUGGCGGUCGCCCACGCUCUGCGCCGUGGGCUGCCCCCAGGACAGGGGCUAUGUGUUUGACGAAUGUGGACCGCCCUGCCCCAAGACCUGCUUCAACCACGCCGUGCCCCUGGGGGUCCUGGAGUCCCACUGCUUCAAGCCCUGCGUGCCUGGCUGCCAGUGCCCUGCAGGGCUGGUGGAGCACGAAGCUCACUGUAUCCUGCCCGAGGCCUGCCCGCGCAUCAUCCACGGCGCCCUCUGAGCGGGGGUUGGACUGCGUUGGCCCCGGAGAGCCAUCCUGUUAUCGCUAAAGAGCACGCGCCCUCCUUCUGGCGAGGGAAGGCCGCGCCACAUCUGCGGGGGUGGAA